GAGAUAAACACACUUGGCUAUAUAUACACUACCCUAAACACACAAAAGAAAAUCAGACCAAUCACUACAUAGACAAACACAAAAAAACCACCACUAAACCAUUUGAAACUCUCCGAUCAUGCCGAUCAGAAACAUCGCCAUCGGCGGAGUCCAAGAAGAAGUGACUCACCCAAGCGCACUUAGGGCGGCUCUCGCCGAGUUUAUCUCAACGUUGAUAUUUGUUUUCGCCGGCUCAGGCUCCGGAAUUGCUUUCAACAAGCUCACUGACAAUGGAGCCACCACUCCUUCCGGCCUCGUCGCCGCUGCCUUAGCUCAUGCUUUCGGUCUCUUCGUCGCUGUUUCCGUCGGUGCUAACAUCUCCGGUGGUCACGUUAAUCCCGCCGUUACCUUCGGUGCCUUCCUCGGUGGUAACAUCACUCUCCUCCGUGGUAUUCUCUACUGGAUCGCUCAGCUUCUUGGCUCCGUCGUCGCUUGUUUCCUCCUUACUUUCGCCACCGGUGGCUUGGCGGUUCCGGCGUUCGGUCUCUCUGCCGGAGUUGGAUCAUUAAACGCAUUCGUCUUCGAGAUCGUGAUGACCUUCGGGCUCGUCUACACAGUCUACGCAACCGCCAUCGACCCCAAAAACGGAAGUCUCGGAACAAUCGCACCAAUCGCCAUUGGUUUCAUCGUCGGAGCAAACAUCCUCGCCGGUGGAGCUUUCAGUGGAGCCUCCAUGAACCCAGCCGUCGCUUUCGGACCAGCCGUCGUGAGCUGGUCGUGGAGCAACCACUGGGUUUACUGGGCUGGUCCUCUUGUCGGUGGUGGACUCGCCGGACUCAUCUACGAGUUUGUUUUCAUCGGCGGAAACGACCAUGAGCAAUUGCCCACCACUGAUUAUUGAAGACCCAAAAAAAAAAAAAAAAAAAAAAAUUCGAUGUUGUGAUUUGAUUUGUUUCUGUUUCGCAUCGUGAUUGGGUUUCUUUGUGACCGUUGGAUCUUUUUUUAGAUGAAUCUUUGUAUGUUGAUUAAUGUUGUAUUUGGGUUUGUUGUUGGAGUUUUUAUUUCCCUGGAAGGCUUUUGUCUUUGUGCAAUUGUAUUGUACGGUAUUAAUGACUAUAUAUAUGAUAAAACCAGGGGAUGUGAAUUAUGCUACGAA